UCCUUGGUUACACUCGGGUUGCUUUAGGGCACCGCUAAACAAGAAAUGUCCGUGUCGGCCACCGUAGCGCAGUGACAACACGGCAAAGCACUUUGGUCGGGAUCUGUCUGUGCUAAGCUGUUAGCUUGGCUGAUAAGUAGCGAUCCAUAUCGUGGAUGCCGACUGUCAGAUCGUGAUUUGGGCGGUUGACUGGAGUCCCGAUCGUCUGUCCAGAACCUACGUCUAGCGAAAAAUGAGGCUGAAGGAGAUCCAGAGAACUGCCCACCAGGCUUGGAGUCCUGCGGGACACCAUCCUAUAUAUUUGGCCUUGGGGACAUCAGCACAACAGCUUGAUGCCUCAUUCAACACUACCGCUGCCCUCGAGAUAUUUGAGCUGGAUUUCUCUGACCCCACUCUGGAUAUGCACCUCAAAGGGUCGUUACCCACCUCCAACAGGCUCCACAGUAUUGUGUGGGUGAAUUUUGGUGCAGGAGCAGAUGGUACUGGAGGGAGACUGAUUGGUGGCAGUGAAAAUGGUGCAUUAACUGUAUAUAACCCAGAGGCCAUAAUGAGCUCUGGAGCAGAGGCAGUAGUCGGACAGUCCGAAAAACACACAGGACCCGUUCGAGCACUCGAUUUUAAUCCUUUCCAGAGUAAUUUGCUUGCAUCAGGAGCUAAUGAUUCAGAAAUAUACAUCUGGGAUCUGAAUAACUUCAGCAGUCCGAUGACACCAGGAGCAAAGACACAGCCUGCUGAAGACAUCAGUGUGGUGUCCUGGAACAGACAGGUCCAGCACAUCCUGGCCUCUGCCAGUCCCAGUGGGAAAGCAGUUGUGUGGGACCUGAGAAAGAACGAGCCCAUAAUCAAGAUCAGUGACCACAGUAACAGGAUGCACUGUUCAGGAAUGCUUUGGCAUCCAGAUGUGGCUACUCAGUUGGUCUUGGCCUCUGAAGAUGACCGCCUGCCAGUUAUCCAGAUGUGGGACCUCCGCUUUGCUACAUCACCCCUUAAAGUUCUUGAAAACCACACAAGGGGAAUCCUGUCUAUAUCCUGGAGCCAGUCUGACUCUGAACUCCUGCUGAGUAGUGCUAAAGACAACCGCAUUCUCUGCUGGAAUCCAAACACUGCAGAGGUCAUUUAUGAACUUCCAACAGCGAAUCAGUGGUGCUUUGAUGUCCAGUGGUGCCCCAGGAAUCCGGCCCUGCUUUCAACAGCAUCAUUUGAUGGGAGAAUCACUGUCUACUCUGUCAUGGGCGGGAGCUUGAAGGCUCAGCAGCAAAGCACGGUUGAUAAGAUAUCCUCCUCAUUUGAUACAAUGGAUCCUUUUGGUACAGGGCAAGUGCUGCCUCCUCUGCAAGUGCCUCAGCCCACAGUGCAGGAGACCAUAGUUCCCCCUCUGAAAAAGCCCCCUAAGUGGGUGCGCAGACCAGUGGGUGCUUCCUUUGCUUUUGGUGGAAAGCUGAUAACCUUUGAAAAUCCCAAGCUCCCACCAAUGCAGAGCCCUCAGCCUGUCCCCAGACAGGUGUAUGUGAGCCAGGUUACCACGGAGACGGAGUUCCUCCAGCGCUCUAGGGAGCUGCAGGCUGCACUGCAAUCAGGUUCCUUCAACAAUUACUGUCAGGCCAAGAUUCAGAACUCCAAGUCGGACGCAGAGCAGGAUAUUUGGAAGUUUCUUUUGGUCAAUUUUGAGGAUGAAGCACGAAUUAAGUUCCUCAGACUUUUAGGAUUCAGCAAAGACGACUUGGAGAAAAAGAUUUCAAAAUGUCUGGGGAAGAGUUUUCAACCCAAUGGACACGGAGUGGAUGCCAAAGAUCUGGCAGAAAAAAUGCAGCGGCUCUCCACUGAGAGGUCUGAUGAAGCAGCUGCAUCAGCUGAUGCUAGAACCUCAGGCUCUGUUUCACCUUCAGACUUCUUCAGUCAAACCCCAAAGGAAAACUCCAACUUCCAGAUCCCUGUGUCAUGUGAUACUGAUGGUUUGAUAAGCCAGGCUCUGCUGGUUGGCAACUUUGAGGGAGCUGUUGACCUGUGUCUGAACGAUGGACGCUACGCUGAAGCCAUCCUGUUGUCCAUCAGUGGAGGAGAAGAGCUACUCAAGAAAACUCAGCAAAAAUACCUAAGCAAACAAAAGAACAGUAUUUCAAUGCUUAUAUCAUCAGUCGUGACCCAGAACUGGAGAGACAUUGUGCAAAGCUGUGAGCUGGACAACUGGAAGGAGGCUCUCGCUGCUCUGCUGACCUACGCUCACCCCGAAGAUUUUGCCCGUCUGUGUGAUACCCUAGGAAGCCGAUUAGAGCACGAGGGGACAGAGAAGCGAUGCCUGCAGGCCUGUCUUUGUUACAUCUGCUCUGGGAAUAUUGAGAAACUGGUGGAAUGCUGGGCCUUGCAUAGAGACUGCUCCUCCCCUCUUGGUCUAGAGGACCUAGUUGAAAAAGUCAUGAUGCUGCGCAAAUCAAUCGAACGUCUCCGCAACAGUGAGGUGGCCGUCCAGAGCCCCAUCCUGGCUGAGAAGCUAACCUGCUACGCCGGCAUACUGGCAGCAGAGGGUAGUCUCUCCACCGCCAUGUCCUACCUGCCUGAGAACUCCGACCAACCUGGGAUCACGAUGCUGAGAACCAGACUAUUCCAUGCUCAGGGAGAGGCUGCUGUUGGACCGCAACCUCCAAACUCCUUCAACAGAGUAAAUGUGUCCACAGCCAAGCCCCAUCCUGCUCCUCAGGCUCAUGCACCAAAAUCACAAAUUAUGAGCCAGUACCAGCCUUCAGCUCCAUCCCAGGUAGCUGCACAAGCACAGCCUCCUAUGCCGUCACUUUUCACCCCACAGCCUGCUCCCACUAACACCGGGCCCAGGCUGCCACCCUCUUCACACAUACUGCCACCCAGCAUGUCCCGCCCUGCUGUGAGGCCUUCCUACCCCCAGCAUCCUGCACCAGCUCCAGGCUUCCUUCCUCAUCAGGCAUUCCAGCCCCAGCCUGUGCCCAUGGGUGGGCCUACAGCCUUCCCUUCUCCAGGUCCUUCUAUGCCAGCUGCAAAUUUAUCAGGACCUCCAUUGCCCCCAUCGUCAUCAACCCCCGGAGGCUUGCCCCCGAUGCCCAGCCCUGGGGUCCCACCGACAGGCUUCAUGCCAUCUACCUCAAUAGCAUCAGGCCCCAUGCCACCUAGUUCCCAACCUGGAGCCCCAGUUCCCAUGUAUCCAGGGGGCCUUCACAACCCAGGGCCUGCACCCCCCAUGGCAUCUGGUCCCUUUUCUCCUGUUGGAUCUGGCUAUCCACAGGGAGGCCCUGGAGCUCCUGCGGUAAAACCCUUCCCAGCAGCUGCUGUUGCUCCUCCACCAACAGGAGACUUUCCCUGGCUGAAUUUCCAGUGUGACCAUCAAGGGCAUCAAGAAGGCUGGAAUGAUCCACCAGCAGUUCGAGGUGGACCCAGGAAGAAGAAGGUCCCUGAUAACUACACUCCACCCGCUCCAAUCACAGCCCCUGUGAUGGGAUUCCCAGUGGAGGCCCCUCAGCAUCAGGAUCAUCCCCAAGUCCCUCCUGGAGCUCCUCAGGAGCCCAGCGUUCAGCUUCUCCAGCAGCUGCCAGCGGAGAGGGUGGAGCAGAAGGAAAUCCCAGCUGAACACAUGAUCCUCAAGUCCACCUUUGACAGCCUGGUGCAGCGCUGCCAACUAGCAGCAGGAGACCCACAAACAAAAAGGAAACUCGACGAUGCAGCCAAACGUUUGGGAUACCUCUAUGACAAGCUGAGAGAGCAGUCGCUCUCCCACAACAUCCUCAACGGGCUCCAUGAGAUCAGCCGCUGCGUGUCGAGCCAGAACUACCAGAGGGGCCUGGAGGUCCACACUCAGGUGGUCAGCAACAGUAACUUCAGUGAGAUUUCCGCCUUCAUGCCCAUCCUCAAAGUGCUCAUGACCAUCGCCAACAAGUUGGGCGUCUAACCCCAAAGGCCACCACCAGCCACACUUCAGUGUUAACAUAUUGUUAUAUAUGUAUUUAUUUCUUUUUGACUUGACUCCGUGCUUUGAUAAUAAGACAAUUUACUGAAACUAUUUCAGAUUUGUGGUUAUCACUCCGUACAUGUUCCUUCCUGCAACACUCGGCUGAUUUUGGCACUGAGGUGGAUUUUUGCAGAGAAUUAUCGAUGUUGCUGUGGUCAUUUUAAAAGAAGAUGAAUGUAUCCUGAAAGUGGUGAUUGUGUGUGCAAUUCAAGAUUUGAUGUAAUAUACAAAGAAAUUGGUGCAAAGUCUGAGUCAAAGUUGGUGGAUUACAUUUUACAUACUUUACACCAGCACGUCCUUUUCCUCUCACCUCAGCAGAAACAUUUGUGCUACAACUGCAGAAGCAGAACACCUGCAUCUAGAAGCUCCUGCAUCCUAGAUAGGAUGGGAAUCAUGGGAAUAAACAUGGGUGGCUCUCACUUUCCAUCUCUGAGUGCUCUGUGUGAGGGAGAGACAAACUGUUUUUCUUUAUACUGACUUUAUAUGCUUUAAAAACAAGCAUCAGAGCAUUUGAAACACUGUAACAUAAUCACUGAUUGUUCUCUUAACCUACUGUAAAGGAUUGUGUGAUGUGCCAUGAGGGAUUUUGGGCCCAAGCGCUGCAGAAGAAUGUCAUACAGUGAUUGUGAGGUUUUUGUUUUCCUCAUUUUGUGUUAACUCCGCCGUAUUCGCGCUGUCGCUUCCUGGUAGUUUGUGUGAAUGACUGAAUUCGGCUCCUUGUUCCUCUCUGGGGUUCUUUCCCGUUUUAAGUUCACAGGGCAGCUCCUAAGCAAUGACGUAAAUAUAUGUUAAACUGCAAAUGAAAUGUCAUCCUCGCUGCACCCACUCCUUAAAUUGCUUGUACUCUUUCAAUCAAGACUACACGCUGUCCUUUUGUAAGUCUUAAUGACCUUUAUACAACCAUGCUUCUUUUAGAUUAGAUUGAACAACCUCAAUGAACUGGGAAAUGAAAUAAAUGUAAUCUUCUGGUUUGUAGCUGGACUGGUGUAUCACAGCGGCAGAAGGCAGGAAAGUGCCUCCAUGUGCUCGUUUUGUUUGCACAGAUAUUUAUACAGUCCAUGUUGCUUUACUCAUUUUGGUGUCUUUUUUUCCAAAUAAACGUCCACUUCUGUGGUUCUGAAACUA